AUGACGUCACCAACGAGAUGGCAAAAAAUUCUCUAUCGAAAACAACCGUUUCCGGACAAUUAUUCGGGUGGAGAUGCACAAUUUUUGAAGGAAUUGCGAAAAAAUGUGUCAGUCGUCCAUUAUGACUAUAAAAGUGCAGUAUUCGGAUGCAUGAAUUUUCUCACUCAUUUGGAUAUGCUCACAAUGUAUUUUGUUUUGUUUUUGAAUAUUCUUCACUCAAACUGGUCGCCAAACAUUCUCUACGGAGUCUUCACUUCAACUAUCGUCUUUUAUCUCUUCUUCUGUAAAUUUCUGACUCCAAACGUCGCGAAUGGAAAAGAACACGCGAGAACUAUCGUCACUUUGUUUCUUUUCGCGUAUGCUUUCACUCCGGUGAUAAGAACCCUCACUACUUCGAUCAGUACGGAUACAAUCUACUCGACGUCAAUAAUCACUGCGAUUCUCAGUUGUUUCUUUCAUGAUUACGGAGUGAAAGCACCAGUAGUUUCAUAUCCAACAUCUGUGAGCAGUGGGUUGAGUUCUGCUAUCUUCUUGUUGUCACGACUGGAAGAAGACACUCCGACACUUCUACUCCUCGUCGUCGCCUUCACACUUCACGCCUACGGAGCUGAAUUCAGAAAUCGAUUGUUCCACGUGUAUCCUUCGAUAUCUUCCAUCCUUUUCUGUGCUCUCUCUUUGUUUUCUAUUUAUUGCAUCUCCUCGUUUUCAGUCGAGCUUUCCGUGUUCUGGACUCUACUUCAUGUUUUCAUUUUAUUCGUUUGCCCACUCAUUCUCAUUUUAAAACAAACCGGUAAAUGCACGAUUCAUGGUCCGUGGGAUGAAGCGGUUCCGAUUAAAUCGAUAAAUCGCAUCAGAAUGGCGAUGCUCUUCGGCUUUGGGCAAUCAGCAGAUAUCCAGAUUCGGCUCUCGAACGAAGAUACUCGAAAGGUUAUCAAAUCUCGCGGUGAUGACGGAAAUAUGCAUGACAACUUUCUAUAUUACGAUGGUGAAUCAGUAACGGGAACUGUUCAAGUUAAUUUGAAGAAAGCCAAUCACAAAUUCGAGCACCAGGGUAUUCGAAUCGAAUUUAUUGGACAAAUUGAAGUAUACUAUGAUCGUGGUAACCAGCAGGACUUUAUCUCGUUGACACGUGAACUCGCUCGUCCCGGAGAUCUCACCCAGAAUGCACAGUUUCCAUUCGAAUUCAACAAUGUGGAAAAGCCAUUCGAGACGUAUAUGGGGACGAAUGUGAAGCUGAGAUAUUUUCUCCGUGUUACUGUAAUAAGAAGGCUCACCGAUUUGACGAAAGAGAUCGAUCUGGUCGUUCAUGCCCUCAGCAGCUAUCCUGACAAUGAUAAAUCAAUCAAAAUGGAAGUUGGAAUUGAGGAUUGUCUUCAUAUCGAGUUUGAGUACAAUAAGAACAAGUAUCAUCUUCAAGAUGUGAUCGUUGGAAAAAUCUAUUUCCUGUUGGUUCGCAUCAAGAUAAAAUACAUGGAAAUUGCGAUUCUCAAGACUGAAAUCGUCGGAUCCGGACCGAAUACAUUCAAAGAGUCGGAAACUGUCGCCAAGUUUGAGAUUAUGGACGGAGCACCGGUGCGCGGAGAGUCAAUUCCAAUUCGAUUGUUCUUGGCUGGAUAUGACUUGGCGCCGUCGAUGAGAGACGUUGGAAAGAAGUUUUCAGUCAAGUACUUCUUGAAUUUGGUGCUGAUUGAUGAGGAGGAUCGCAGAUAUUUCAAGCAACAGGAAGUCACACUCUGGCGAAAAGCGGACAAAGUGUUGCGUCGUCCUGGAUCAGAUGAGGCUGAAGAGGAGUUGCAGACGAGCAUCCCUGGAACGCAAAAGUUCACCGCACCCGCGCCAGUCGAACAUCCAAAACCAGAAUCGCCAAGAUCUGAUCCAAAAAGUGGAUCGACGAGCCCUGAUGAUAACUCAGAUUCCUCAUAA